AUGCAGCAGCAGCAACAGCAGCAGCAGCAACAGCAGCAGCAGCAGCAGCAGCUGCCUCUUUCCCUGCGGAAGGCGGGAGACCAGCGGGAAGAAGGAGAGGCUGCAGUCCGCGCCAUGUGGCUGUGUUGCGCAGGAAGUUGUGGCGAGCUCUUCAUUCUUUAUGGCGAGCUCUUCAUUCUUUAUGGCGAGCUCUUCAUUUUUUAUGGCGAGCUCUUCAUCCUUUAUGGCGGGCUCUUCAUUCUUUAUGGCGAGCUCUUCAUCCUUUUAAACUUCUUAGUUUGUCGCCCAUCCACUUCUUUCCCAACAACUCGCAGCGGCUGCUGCUCACUACCUGCUGCUUCUGGCUGCUGCGCGGCCUGCAUGGAGACGUCUUCUUCGACAGCAGACCUGCCGGGCCCCCCACAGCAGCAGAAGACGUCGCUGCUGCUGCUGCUGCUGCAGCUGCUGCUGCUGGUGGGAGUAGUAGCGAGUGGUGGACGACGACUGCCGGCAGCGCUGCAGGCCUCCUCAGUGCUGAUUCUUCUUCUCACGUCUUCGGGAUAA